UUUAUCCUUAGUCAUGCGCAUGCAUGCCCACCCAAGUCUAAACCUUGUGCUGUUGCGAGCGUUGCAAGCUUCGACCGCAAUGGGGUGGCUUUAAGCCGCAUACAGGCCGAUGUGGACCCGUUGAGAUUGCCCGCUCUCAAUGCGUUGCUACCGCAUGUCUCACUUUGCUCACCCUCACCAUUGCCGUUACUUCUUCUCCAGCCUUUCGCCUCACCCAUUUACUCUUUCAUUCGUUAGCCUCCCCUCUUCAUCUGCUCGGCAGAUCGCCCCCCGUCUUAUCAUUCUCUUCGGAUCGUACAGAAGCGCUGUGCGCAUCUGCAAAUCUUGUCUCAGGUCAACGCCGCCGCCGCGGGUUCGAUCAGAGCCCUGUAGAGCUACAACUGCUCUGCCCUCGGUAACUGCCGCACCAACCUUCACUCGCGCCGAGGCAGGACCCGGCCACAGUCCAACUCGCUCAACGCUCAUUGCCUUCGCCACUCUUUCACUCGCACUCGAACGCGCAUCGCAGUUUCUUGCGCUUAGCUUUCUUCACGCGGCUGCACCGAGCAGCUCGAUCUGUCCCCGAUCGAGUACAUCGGUCGCUUCAUCAAGCCCGCGGUCCUAGCGUCAUCAUCGGUUUCAGCAUCCAUCGGAGUGUUGGACCGGCAAAGGCCAUUGAUCAGCUCACCAGUCUCAGACGUCUGUCCGCUCGAAAGCGGGGAACGUG